UGCCCUCAAGAAAGGGACGGACAUCGCUCCAGUGAGUUCUGUUCUUCUUCAGAACUCAGAACUUCAUCAACCCUGCUCAGAUUUUCCUCUAAUACACUGGGAUCCUAAGCACUGGGGAAAUAUUUUUCAUCCUCAGAUUGUUAAAUCAAGACAGGAAUCCUCUGAUCUCCAUCAUGACAACCCACACCUUUUACCACCACAGAGAAGAGGAGCAGAAGGCAGAGAGACACCGCGAUUUGCAAAUGACUUCACAGACAAGAAAGUCCAAGUUCAGGACCAGCGAAGAAGAAGAAAGUUUCACAUCUCUGGAUAGGACCAUUGCAUCUGCUCUUGCGCUGACAACUGAAGAAUCUUGGGAAACCAGGAUGAGACGGAAGGCCACUAUACUAAACCUGGAGGAGAGGGGAAAGAAGAGAAUUCGUUUUGGGAAUGACAUGGAAAAACUAGAGAAGGAUGUCAUCAGAAACUGCCGGUUCUUGCGGGUGAAGGCUGACAGGAUGGCCCUUCGGAGGAAGGCUGAAGCGAAGGCGCUACUGGAAAAGGAGGUGAUGGAGCUGUUGUCCUGCCGGGCACCCAUGUUUUGGAUCCCCCUGAGAGCUCACACAGUCUGGGAGAGGAUGAGUGUCACGCUGGAGUGCACUGUUCUGGCUAACCCUCAGCCGAAGGUCACCUGGUUUAAAAAUGGAGUUCGAAUUGAUCCUCGUGUUGCUCCAGCAGGGAAAUACAAAAUGAAGAAUGAAUUUGGAAUGCUUACCUUGGAUAUCAGGAGAUGCUCUUUGGAUGAUUCUGCUGAAUACAGUGUGGAAGUGAAGAACUCGUAUGGCGAGGCCAACUCAUUUGCAACCGUAUUUGUCAGGAAAUAUUAUGGGAUGGAAUCUGGAUUUGAUUCAGAAAUCUAUAAAAAGAGACUCAGAGACAUAGAAGCUGACUUCGCCAGCACAUUGAGGCCCAUCUUUGCUACAGAGAAGGAAGCCUUCAUCCUCUCCUGCACUUUCACUUCAGACCUUCAAGAAUACCAACGAAACAUUUCCUGGUUCCGUGACGGUGAGUUGCUGAAAGAUUCUGACCACCGGCAAAUCAAAUGUGAGGAUCGGGAGGCAUCCUUGAUAGUAUCCUGUGCUUACAAGGAGGAUGAAGGCUUUUACAGCAUCCGUAUCCCGACACAAGACGGCUACAGUGAACAAAAAGCUUACGUGUUUGUUAGGGAUGCUGCAGCUGCAACAGCUGGUGCUCCUGGAUCUCCUCUCCUUGUACAAUGUCAUGCUGUGAACAAAAAUACCCUCAUACUUUCAUGGGUACCUCCCAGUGAUAAUGGUGGAAGCCCCAUCAUUGGUUAUUACAUUGAAAGGUGUGAAAUGGACACAGAUGAAUGGGUUCCUUACAAUGAGCAAUUGGUGAAAACUUGCAGGUCACCAGUUUUGGGUCUCACAGAAGGAAAGACUUACCAGUUCCGAGUGAAGGCUGUCAAUUGUGCAGGAAUCAGUAACCCUUCAAAGGCCAGCAGUCCUGUGACAAUGAUUGAUCCUAAUGAAGCAAAGAGGUUGCUAAAUAUUCCUUAUGACGAUGGGAUGAGGACAAUUAUAAUUUCAAAAGACGAACUGGAACCUGAGAUUAAGAUCCCGUUGCCUCCCACUAAUGUUCAUGCCAGUGAGACUAGAGAAGAUUAUGUGAUCCUCUCCUGGGAUGAGCCAGAUCCCAGAGGUAAAGAGCCACUGAGCUACUAUGUAGAAAAGUCCAUCACAGGCAGUGGCAAGUGGCAGAUGGUUAAUCUGGAUAUUCCCGUCAGUUCCACUACUUUUCCUGUCUUUGGUCUGGAGAAGGCAAAGUCCUACUGUUUCCGAGUACGGUCAGUGAACAAGUACGGAGUGAGCAAUCCUUCUUUGCCCAGUGAACCCAUCUCUCUGGGAGAAAAGAUUGCUCCGCUUCCACCCCCAUCUCAGGUCCUGGCUUUCAGAGAUACCAAGACAUCUGUGUUCGUACAGUGGAACAAGCCAAGAAAAGAACCACUGGGUUAUUACAUCUAUUGCAAGGAGGUUGGGACAGAUGAAUGGCAAACGGUCAACAAUAAACCCGUCACUUGUCAUGAAUUUACUGUUCCAGGGCUCAAAACUGGCAAGCAAUAUGUCUUCUGUGUCAAAUGUGUCAAUGAAGCUGGUGUAGGAGAAAGCUCCCCAGAAUCUGAUCCCAUUCUUGUGAGACAAGCAAUCUCUCUUCCAUCCGCUCCACGAGGUUUUGCCCUGCUGAACUGUGGGAAGGACACCAUGACCAUAGGCUGGAAGCCUCCGAAACGCAAAGGAGGUUCAAAGAUUCUGGGCUAUUUCUUGGAUCAGCAUGAUACUUCCCAGACUGACUGGCAUGAGACCAACAUUAAGCCCAUUGCUGAACGGGUUUAUACGGUCACCAACCUGGAUGAAGGACACUUUUAUCAGUUCCGUGGUUAUGCAAUGAACAUAGUUGGUGUCGGGAAGGUGUCGGAGCCCAGCGACAUUUUCAAGUGCGAGGAGUGGACAAUGCCAGAACCAGGACCUCCCUAUGAUGUCAGAUGUACAGAAGUAAGAGACACCUCUCUGAUGCUCCGUUGGGAGCCACCUUUGUAUACUGGAGCAGGGCCAAUCCGUGGUUAUUACGUGGAGGCCUGCGAGGAAGGAUCAAACAUCUGGGAACAACUGAAUAAACAGCCGAUAUCAAACACACACAUGAAGCUGAAUGACCUGGAAACUGGGAAAUGUUAUACUUUCCGAGUGCGAGCUGAGAACAAGGCCGGUGUUGGCCCACCAUCACUGCCAUCAGAUCCUGUGAUAGUGAAAACUAAACCAGACACCAAAGAAAUUGAAGUUGGGGUAGACGAGGAAGGGUUCAUCUACUUGGCAUAUGAAGCUCCUGACAUGGUUGACACUUCAGAAUUUAUUUGGUCCAAAGACUAUGAAGGACCUCCAAAUCCUGACAGAGUUGAAAUUGUAGACAAAGAUAACAAGUCUAAAGUUAUUCUGAAAUAUGCUACUGAACGGGACCUGGGAACAUAUUCCGUAGAAGUAACUGAUACUGAUGAAGACAUUUCUGCCAGCCAUGUUUUAACUCAGGAAGAACUGGACCGACUGCGAAUGAUCAGCCAUGAGAUUCGAAACCCCUUGAUUGAGCUGAUAUCUGGAUGGAACAUUGAUGUUCUGGAGAAAGGGGAGGUGCGACUUUGGCUAGAAGUGGAGAAACUCUCUCCAGAGGCUGUGCUUCAUUUGUUCUUCAACGAGAAAGAGCUCUCAAGCACUCCGACACACAAGAUCAGCUUUGACAGAGCGAAAGGCCUUGUGGAACUGAUCAUCCAGGACUUCUGCGAGGAUGACAAGGGGACCUACACCGCCCAUCUGAAAGAUGGCAAAGCGGAAAAUCAGUUUACUUUGGCUCUCGUUGGAGCUGAUUUUGAUAAACUUAAAGCAGAGGCUGAUGCCAAAAAGAAAGACUGGAAAAGAAAACAUGGUCCUCAUUUUAUUGAACAACUGGCAUGGAAGGUCACUGAAGACUGUGAAGUCCUGCUGACUUGCAAAGCAUCAAAUAUGAAGAAGGAUACUUCUUUUCAAUGGUUCUUUGAUAACAAAGCCCGCUCAGAUGGUCAAUAUAAUUCAAACACAGGAGCUGGACUCCUACAGAUUAAAAGGAUUACCAAAGCAGACAAAGGAGUCUACAAAGCUGUGGUUUCUGAUGACCGUGGGCAAGACAUAACCCAACUUGAUCUUACAAAAGAAGCAUUUGACGAUAUCCUCAAGGAGCUGGCCAGAAUCAGUAUUCUUUCUGCAUCUCCUUUGAAAGUGCAGCCGACUGUAGAAGGUAUCAAGAUCUACAGUGAAGUAAAGUACUACACAGAUGCCAUGAAGACCACCUGGCACCACAAUGACAAGCGUCUGGAAGGAGGAGAUCAUUUGAAAGUAGGAACAACCAUGGACCAGGUUUGGCUUCACAUCCUUGAUCCCAAAGAGUCCGACCGAGGCAAAUAUACCCUGGACCUCACGGAUGGGAAAGAAAUGCGCAGAUUGACAACUGACCUAUCUGGGAAAGCUUUCGAUGAUGCCCUCGCCGAACAUCAAAGGCUGAAGCAAGCAGCUGUUGUGGAGGAAUACCGUGCCAAAGUGGUUCGUGGCCUUCCAGAUGUUGCAACCAUCAUGGAAAGUAAGACUUUGUGCUUGACUUGCAUCAUCUCUGGAGAUCCUUACCCAGAAAUCACCUGGUACAGGAAUGAGAAGGUCAUUGCCUUCAAAGAUCGGUACAAGAUGGAAGUGAAGGGUACCGUGAUCACAAUAACCAUUGAGAAUGUCAACAGCGAGGACACUGGGAGGUUCAGCAUCCUCGUCAAGAACAAGUGGGGCUCUGAAACUGGGAAGGUGACAGUCAGCGUCUACAAGCAGGGGGAAGAGCCUCAGGAGCUGAAAGAUGAGCCACCUUCUGUCUGAACCGCCCAGGUUCCGUUCUAAGGGCUUGGCCAGGUCCAGAGGGCAUCACCCAAUAGAAGAGGGUGGUCCUUCUUCAUUGCAAAGAAAGACCCAUCGCCCCAUCUCCUACCCUACCAUUGCCACUCUCUGAGCAGGAUCAUAGGCUUAUGAUAUUUAUAGAUAUUUUAUAAAAGUCAGCCUCCAGCCCCAUAAGAGGAUUGGCAUCAGGUCUCUUGCCUGCCUCUCAGUGUUUUUCAAUGCUUUCAAACAUAUAUCGUGUAUUCCGGCGUAUAAGACGACUUUUGAGAGCGUUGAAACAGCCUCUGAACUCGGGGGUCGUCUUAUACACCGAGUCAUCUUAUACACCAGAAAUAAUGUAGUUUCUGGCAUAUAAAACGACUUUCUAGGCAUGCGACUCGGCGUCGAUCGUCUUAUACGCUGGAAAUACCGGUAGUUUCCGGCAUAUAAGAUGACUUUCUAGGCAUGCAACUCAAUGUCAAUCGUCUUGCAACCUGGCGUCGAACUCGGGGGUCGUCUUAUAUGUCGGGUCGCCCUAUAUGCUGGAAUAUACGGUAUAUCCAGUGAGAGGGAAGAAAGGAGAGGAGAGAGAAAAGAGUAAAGGAGGGGAGAAGGAAGUAGG